GCGCCGGACAAUCACAACCCUACACGCUCCACUCGCUGCCUCAAUUCACGCGCCCCCUCAACUCGUCUACGUGACAGGAACAAGGGAGUCGGAAAGAGAGUGAUAGAGAAAAAAACGAAAAACAAAAAGAGUAUUUAAAACGAAAAAAAAAAAAAUGAAAAUUUCCCAAUCCAAACUAGGGUUAGGGUUUCCCUAAUCCGCAAAACGAUUUCCACGCUCGAUUCUUUCAACUCAUAAAUCAAAGAUGGGCGCUAAUCCUUCACCAACAGACUCAACCACCGAUCUCGAUGAGCAGAUCUCGCAGCUCAUGCAGUGUAAGCCGCUUUCGGAGCAGCAGGUCAGAGCAUUAUGCGACAAGUCCAAGGAGAUUUUAAUGGGAGAAAGCAAUGUCCAGCCUGUGAAAAGCCCUGUGACAAUUUGUGGGGAUAUUCAUGGGCAGUUUCACGAUCUAGCAGAACUUUUUCGAAUUGGAGGGAAGUGUCCGGAUACAAACUACUUGUUUAUGGGAGAUUAUGUGGAUCGUGGGUACUAUUCUGUUGAAACUGUUACGCUAUUAGUGGCUUUAAAGGUCCGUUAUCCACAGCGGAUUACCAUUCUCAGAGGAAAUCAUGAAAGCCGCCAAAUUACUCAAGUUUAUGGGUUUUAUGAUGAAUGUCUGCGAAAGUAUGGCAAUGCUAAUGUUUGGAAGAUCUUUACAGACCUUUUUGACUAUUUUCCAUUAACUGCUUUGGUGGAGUCAGAAAUAUUUUGUCUGCAUGGUGGAUUGUCCCCUUCAAUUGAAACCCUAGAUAAUAUAAGAAACUUUGAUCGUGUUCAAGAGGUUCCUCAUGAAGGACCCAUGUGUGAUUUAUUGUGGUCUGACCCUGAUGAUAGAUGCGGUUGGGGUAUCUCACCACGUGGUGCUGGAUAUACCUUUGGCCAGGAUAUAUCUGAACAAUUCAAUCAAACAAACAGCUUAAAAUUGAUUGCUAGAGCUCAUCAGCUGGUUAUGGAUGGAUUUAACUGGGCACAUGAACAAAAGGUGGUUACUAUAUUUAGUGCCCCUAAUUAUUGUUAUCGCUGUGGAAACAUGGCUUCUAUCUUGGAAGUUGAUGAUUGCAAGAGUCACACAUUCAUCCAGUUUGAACCAGCUCCAAGGAGAGGAGAACCAGAUGUUACUCGUAGAACACCCGAUUACUUCCUCUGAAGCAGCUAUGUCAUAACUGAUUCAAGAUACUCUACUACUUUUCCUCGUCUCCUCCCUCCCCUUACUUAGUCAGGUAGUUGUGGAUCCUUUGCAGAAAUCUGCCAGUUAAAUGCCAUGUUUUUUUGGCUGAUGGUGGGCACCGAAAGCAUGUAUACUAGGCUAGGAAGAUGGCCUUUAAUCCAUCAUAGACAUUCUGUCAAAGAGACUGCCUAGCUGAUGACAGACUGACGCUAUCAGAAUGUAUUAUGUAGAUAUUUGUGUUUCCCUCGAUUUUUUUUUUUUGCCCGUUGUUUUUGGUUCAUCCUAUCUUUUUGGGCUCUCUACCGGAGAUUAAAAAGUUUAAUGUUUAGUCGGCGUUUUACCUUUUCUUUCGCCACUGACUCAAAUGAGUACUCUUUAACAGAUUGUGAUUCUGUUUGGAUUUUGUAAUUUGUAUCGGAGAAGAAGAAUUUAACUAGAUUUUGACUAGAAUGGCUAGUCUGUUGGUGGAAUUUGUCUCGGAGGAAGAGGUAGAAUUCUGUACUUUCUCUAGUUGGUUGAAUUUUGAGAUUGAUGAAUUAGACUUUGAAUGGGGAAAGCUAUGUUUGGAAGUUGUCCCAGGCCCCGCGUUUUCUAAUUUCACCUUUUUCAAAGAGAUUGGGCUGCACAAGGAAAGAGAAGCAUAUAUUACUUUAGAGAAAAAGUGUCCAUGGCUUGGCUACAUGAUCCCUUGUUCUUUGCAUUUGCCUCACCAAAUCCUCACUACGACAACGUUAAGAUUUAAGUUUCUCAACAUCACAGGCAAAAGCUGUUGUUCUGUUAUAAUUAACAUUGAUGUUAGAAUAUAAUCUGAAGUUUAGCUCACUUAAUGCGUAUAAUUAUUCUUAAAAAUUAGUAUCCAGUAGAUGUGAAAAUUUAAUUUCAGCAUCUGUGAUUAUUCCCCUACUUUCACACUCGUCAAGACUGAAUUUCUUUUCAUUAGAGUGGAUCGUUUGUGUGAGUUUUCAUCUAAGUCGUCGAUAUCUAUAAAUUGUAUGUGGCACAGUGAUACGGGCACUACU